CCUUGAAAAAACGCACUGUUAGGGUCCCAUGAAAACUGAGUUUGAGAACCUGUGCUCUAGAGGCUAGGCCUGGAGCACUGAUAAUGGUACUCAAAUAGUUGCCAACACUCUAUAGUAGUUUCUAGGGACACUUUGAGCAUGUGAAUAGAAAAAAAUGUUGCGUUUACUUCAAACUCUGGAUAAGCCCCACAAUAUUCUGCACUCCAGCUGUUUUGAUCCAUCCUUUUCCAAAAUGCUUAUUAGUCUUUUUAAAUUACAAUUGAAUUGCAUUAGUGUUGUACAGUGUGUAAAGGAUUAUAUUAUUUUGUAAGUAAUUUGUUUCUUUCUUAUUCCACCCCUCUGUCCUUAUUUGUAACCGGUUUUCUAGCUAAGAUGUGGUAUCUCACAAUGUGCUUUAUUGUUUCUGCAUCACACACCCAUCUUCAGUGUCAUUAUCAUUCAGUCUGUACCACCUUGUGGGGUGUGUCCAUUUACCUACAGGUGCUUAUUAUAAUCUCACUACUGCAGACUUCACUGUCACCGAGAGAGGCAAUGCUUCACUUCACUGAGACUCCUGUGUGUAUAUAUAGCACUGUGCACUAACCUCAUUGCCUAAACCCUUGCGUUCACUGGAGUAAUAUGCACACAGCAGCCUGCUGAGGAUAAGAGGCUUCAUCAAAACACUGGUUUACACAAGAGGAACACCUGGAAGCAUGCUUCAUCAUGAAUAAACUGUGAUAUACCAGUGAUACAUCACAGAGGAAUCAAGGAGACCCAGAGCACAGAAAGACUAUUCUAUACCAGAUCCACUACUGGGAACUAUACCUUCCAAUACAACAACUGGGAGCUAGAACUUACAAUACAGCCUUUAAAGGACAUCAGGUUUGUCUUUGGAUAAAUAUUUGAGCUCAUCUCUGAGAAUUCCAACCUAUCUGAUAUUUCCUCUUCAAGUUCAAACUGCAGUGACUUCUGAAUUGCGGAUUCACAUUCUUUCUAUGCUAUGCCCUAGUGAUUACACGUCACCUGUUACUGAAUGAGUCUUUAAACCCUGAGAAACUUGUGCUUCACUCACUGACCUAGUAUUUGGAAGCUUAUAAUACAAUAGUUUUUUUGCACAGUGCUAGCCAUGGGGACUUUUAUUGGUCACAUAUCUCCUGGGCUUGCAUUCUUAUCCUUUGGUCUUUUGUAUGCUGUUCGCUAUUCGUGGAUGGUGCUGAAUGGUUGCCAUGUUCAAUAUGCUCCCCGCAUCAAGACAAAGCAAAGGUUCUGGAAGAUGUUGCCCAUAGAGGCAAUAAUGAAACUGGUUUAUGGCUUCAUGGCUGUUUUAGGGGAGUUCUUCUUUCCUCCAGGAGUCCAAAAACUACGUUUCUUCCGAUCAGAUGAUCCUGACUACCACUUUCAGCACCCCAGUGAGUGGCAGCAUGCCACCAUGUAUGGGUACUUCUGUCUAAGUGGGGUACUGGAUAUUGUAAGUCAGAAUUGUCUGCAGAAACGCUGUCCAUUGCUGGAACAUUUAGGAUUAACUGCUGGUUUUCUAAUUACCACCCUACUCCUCAAGUUCCAUAACCAUGGGAAAGAAGCAAUAGAGGUUCAAGUCCACCAUCUGCUUCUGCUCACUUGUGCGGCAACAUGUGUCAUAAUGAUAUUUGAGAUCUGGCAGCCAGACCAUUGUCGUCUCUGGUUUGCCAAAGCAUGGCUAGUGACGGUGCAAGGGACAUGGUUGCUACACGCUGCCUUUAUUUUGUAUCUUCCGCCAACAGGUCAUUCUUGGGUUUCAACGGAGCCUGCUGACCUCAUGUUUCUGACCACUUUCUACUGUUGGCACCUGGCAUUUGAUGCAGGUUUAAUGGGUCUGUUGUUUUGGAUAACACUUGUUGUGCACAGGUACCAGGGUGGUAAAUUGUCAAGAAAUGGUUACCAGAUCGCUGGCGAUAAAGCAGAAAUGGCAAAACUCACUGGAGAAGAUGGAGAUGAGGAGCUGUAAUCUGGUGGUUAAACUAUGUACAGCAUACUGGGUUUUAUGCACAAAUGUUUGUUUCACAAUAACUGUUCUACUUCAGUAACCUACAGUAAAUCAAAGCCGACGCACACAGGUCAGAAAAGAAGAACACACCUGGUACACACACCAGCCACACCUCCAGCCUUAUCUCACAAGUGGACAUGAACCUUGAUAUGAAUUGAAUGGUGAUCAAAACUUAAGAGAUAACAAUCCUAUGUACCCAACAGGUGCCAGUAACUUGAAAUCCCCUCCCUGAAUUAAACCUUAUGUGACCGGUUGACUAUUUUGUUGCUGAGAUAAUUGAAAUCAAUACCUGCUGAAUAUAUGGGAUAUACUGUAUGUGUACAUAUUGUGUAAUAAGAUCAGGCUUAGCACCUACACAAGCAGAAGAGUAAAAGAUGUAAUGUUGGCACUUAUAUAUGCAGGUGUAAUCCCAGUUGUCCAUGGCAUUAUUUGUGCAUAAAGCAUUUAGGGCCCAAUACAAUUAAUCAGGAGUUCAUUUGUGGGAUGAGUAAGUGCCGAACUCACAGAAUUUUACACACAAAAAUUAGCGAUUCUGGGGUGAGAUUGGGUCGCGAGGGUGGGAGAAUUGCUGGCAUUUCUACGCCAUCACAACAGCAAUUAGCCCCCUUUACGGUUAAUUGGAGAGACCCUUGCAUGUUCUGCAAAUAAAUUAACAGAAGGGAAAUCCGUAACUCUGGCAGGCUCACACCUAUAAGAGUGUAUAUCUGAAUCAAGCUGAAACACUGAACACACAAUUACUGCUCUAAUUGCAUCAGAAACUGAGUGUGAUUAUAUAGCGUACAACAUAAAUUCAAACACAGAUAAAGAAUUAUGCUUUUUCUACACUGCAAUUAGCAAUGAUGAUGCUUCCUAUGUAAGGUAUCUACCUGUGUGAUUGCUCCUAUACGUAACUGAGCAAAUAUCUGUAGCACAGAGGAGAGAGAGAGAGCCUUAUCACUAGUCUGUUGUUCAGUAAAGGCAUAAAAAGUACCAUUCACUUCCAUCUCAUGGGGAGUUUAAUUAACAGAAUGUUUCACAAUGUUAUAGUUUCUUAUAGCUUUAUAGGGGUGUGGUUCAUCAAAUCGACAGUG